AUGUCGUUUGUCUCCUCAAAGAUAUUUGCUAUUACAGGUGGCGCGUCCGGAAUUGGAGCAGCAACAUGCCGUCUACUUGCGAAGAGAGGAGCAGCUACUCUCUGUGUUGGAGAUCUCUGCAGUGAAAACAUGAAACUACUGGAGAAAGAUAUUAAAAAAAUCAACCCAGACACAAAGGUCCAUUGCACAGUCUUAGAUGUAUCAUCCUCGUCAAAUGUUGAUGAAUGGAUACAAGACAUUAUUACCACGUUUGGAGACCUUCAUGGAGCAGCCAACAUUGCAGGCAUUGCUCAAGGUGCCGGUUUGCGGCAGGCUCCUACCAUCCUGGAAGACGACGAUCAGCAAUGGAAGAAGGUAUUCCAGGUAAAUCUGGACGGUGUUCUUUAUUCCACCCGAGCACAAGUCCGGGCUAUGAAGGAAUUUUCAUCGACGAACCCUGGAGACCGAAGCAUUGUCAAUGUGGCCAGUAUAGCAUCGAUGUCUCACAUGCCUGAUGUCUUUGCCUACGGGACUUCGAAAGCAGGAUGUGCCUAUUUCACUACUUUUGAAGUAACACUCUUUGCCCUCGGGUACUUUUCUAACAUCAUGGGAAUGCUUGAAGGAAUCACAAGGACGCCGAUGCUGCCAAGAUUUGUACCGAGUGCGAAAACUCAAGAGGAGGUUGAAGAGACCUACAAGAAAGAGGGCUUCUCUGUUAUUGAAGCCGAUGACGUUGCGCGGACUAUCGUGUGGCUGUUGAGUGAAGACUCCCGUCCCGUCUUCGGAGCGAAUAUCAAUGUUGGCGCCUGUAUGCCUUGA